AUGGAAAUAUCCCGGAGCAUACAAGUGCUUAGCAAGGCUAUUUCUGCGUUUAUGUCGGGGCACUCUGGAGAGUCUGCGCUUCUUCAUCGCCUCCCCCCCGAGGCAAGUAACGAAGUAAAUUCCGAGAACAAAAUAGAGAGCGACAUUGAGCGCCUGGGCUUCUGCGUCUUCAGCGAGGACGGGUCCACUCUGCAGCCGAUAGACAAAACGAGCACUCCCAUCCAGCACCUCCGGACAAUUGCAGGCAAACUCUUCGCUAUAGACGAGUACUAUCAGGAGGUGAUGGACUUUCUGAUUCCGAUCAUAUAUACGGAAGUACAGGCAAAUCCCGAGAUAUCCUACUCCUGCGUGGAGAGAGAGUGCAUUCUUAUAUACGAGACCUUCCUGUAUCCGUAUCUUCGGGACAGUUACCGCCUCGCCCUGAAGCAGGAGCACGUUCUCCGAGGGAUUCCGGGAUACUACAUUGGAAAGCCUGUUGAGCUCCGGGAGAUUGAGGGGAUUCUCGUGGAGUUAGCGAGCACUGCGCUGUGGUUCAGCCGGACCUUUGCGUAUCCUGAUCUUGUCUAUGUAUAUGCGCAUCUUCUGGGGGGUCGUUUACACCGUGUGUAUCUCUUCUUUCUUGCGUCUAUUAAGAUCAUACGGGAGCGAGAGAAGAAGUCUAACGGAUUCAGCCUGUGCGAUGUGAAGGGGGUUCUUGGGGCUGAGAAAAUGGGGUCUCUUGUGCGACGGAGCGAGGAAUUGGAGGGUUCUGUUGGGGGUCGGUUUCUUUCCGGGGGGAAUUCUGUCGGGGGGAGUCGUCGGUUUCUUUUUCUUGCGGGGGCUGGAGUUUUAGCUGCUGUUUGUGCUGGGCUGCUGCUGUAUCGGGAGAGGCGGAAGUAG